CAAAUGCCACGCCAUAUCUCAAGUGUCUGAUUCAUUUCCUUCUCAGUUCUCAGAAAGAAUUCCACUGCCCAGCUCCAUUUAUUAGAGGUAGAGGAGGGUUUGCAAGUGCUAUUCCAACGUAGAAAGCAGAGAGUUGAGAAUACAAAAGAACCCUAUUUCAGGCCCACUCACUCCCUCUGUUUCUUUAAUACCCCCCUCUCUUCCUCUUCCUUUUUGGGUUUUAAGGAUGUGAAGUGGCUCUGCUUUUAUUUUUUCUUCUUUUUCUUGUGUUGGAAUUUUGGAAGGAAGGAACCAUCAAAGGUUUCCCUUCCAAAUUUUCUCACCAUUUCUCUCAUCCGGAUUCUGGGCACCACUCAUCAAGUUUCGAAAAAUCUUCUCCUCUUCGGAGAAGAGACUUUUUUGUUGAUUGGAGAAGGUAAUUGCUGCUUAAAUGGCUAGCGUUUGUUGGCCAUACUUUGAUCCUGAGUAUGAGAACUUGAGCACUAGGAUUAAUCCUCCAAGGGUAUCUGUAGACAACACUAGUUGCAAUGACAGUACUCUUGUUAAGGUUGACAGCAUGAAUAAACCAGGAAUUCUCCUGGAAGUUGUGCAAGUCCUAACCGAUCUUGACCUCAUUAUCACCAAAGCUUACAUCUCCUCGGAUGGUGGUUGGUUCAUGGAUGUAUUUCAUGUCACUGACCAACAAGGAAAGAAGAUUACAGAUAUUAAAACCAUUGACUACAUAGAGAAGGCUCUAGGACCUAAAAGCCAAGAAGAAGUAACUACUUGGGCAGACAAACGGGUUGGAGUGCACUCUGUUGGUGGGCACACUGCCAUUGAACUCAUUGGCAAGGAUCGCCCUGGUCUUUUAUCUGAAAUCUCUGCCGUCCUUGCCAACCUUCACUUCAAUGUGGUUGCUGCUGAAGUUUGGACCCAUAAUAGUCGGAUAGCAUGUGUUGUCUAUGUCAAUGAUGACACCACAUCUCGUGCUGUAGCUGACCCAACCAGAUUGUCUAUAAUGGAGGACCAGCUCAAGAACAUUCUACGCGGGUGUGAGAAUGAUGAGGCGGGUCGUACUAGUUUCUCCAUGGGGUUUACUCAUGUUGACCGUAGGCUGCACCAAAUGUUGUUUGCCGACAGGGAUUAUGAAGGUGGAAUAGUGGCUACUGAGGUUGAUUAUCCUCCCUCCCUCAAGCCAAAGAUCACAGUUGAGCGUUGUGAGGAUAAAGGAUACUCUGUGGUCACUGUUAGAUGCAAAGACCGUGCGAAGUUAAUGUUUGACAUAGUGUGCACUCUCACAGAUAUGCAAUAUGUUGUUUUUCAUGCUACAAUCUCGUCUGAUGGGCCCCAUGCAUCACAGGAGUACUAUAUUCGUCACAUGGAUGGUUGCGUACUUGAUACCGAAGGAGAGAAGGAAAGAGUUAUCAAAUGCCUUGAAGCUGCAAUUAGAAGAAGAGUGAGCGAGGGUCUGAGCCUUGAGCUCUGUGCAAAGGAUAGAGUAGGCUUACUAUCUGAAGUUACAAGGAUUCUGCGAGAGAAUGGAUUAGCCGUAUCAAGAGCAGGUGUCAUGACAAUAGGAGAGCAAGCAACGAAUGUUUUCUAUGUAAGAGAUGCUUCUGGGAAUCCGGUGGAUACGAAGAUUAUCGAAGCACUUCGUAAAGAAAUCGGGCACACCAUGAUGCUUAAUGUGAAGAAAACACCUGCUAGUUCCAGAGAACCUGAAGCUAGAGGAUGGGCCAAAACAAGUUUCUUUUUCGGGAACUUGCUGGAAAGGUUCUUGGCAUGAGAACAUUUCUGUAUUGCUGUCACAGAAAUAAUGAACUGUACAGGACAAUAAACCUCUUCAUGACCAAAGCAUGAACUAUGGACAGGGCUUGCACUAGACUUUGUUCAAUAUUCAAAGAAUAAAUCUUGCAAGCUAAUGAAGUUCGAACCUUCGGUUGGAAAA